AGGCCGUUUGUGGUGUGGAGGAAUCGUAAAAGUCUGUGAAUGGAAAGAUAAUGGGAGAUAAGUAUUAAUGUGCUGACAGUACAGUGGGAUAACGUAUUAUUGGUUUACAGCAGAUACAAUGUGUACUGAUAUGUAAAUAAUUGGAUAAGAUGUUUUCUGAGGAGCAUGUUGUUACGAAAGUACGUACCGAGGCGUGUAGUGACGUCAUGAAAUAGCGAAGUGACGUAAUCGUCAUAUCCAUCCCUAACAUCCCAGAAAGUGCAUUGGUGUGGAUAGUACCAAGGGAAACAACUCUAUUGGGUAUGGCCUCUCUGGCGAAAGUCUCAUUUCAAGCAAUUGCAAACCGUGUGAAGAUGGGGAAGAAAGUGGAAAAAUCCCUGAAGGAGAAAAAUCAGUCUGCUGUCAGUCAAGAUGAGGACGAUCCAAAUAAAACUCCUGAGCCUUACAACUGCACGGGGAAUUUCCAGGCCGAUUUUACAGAGCUGUGCAAGAGAAACAAUAUGGCCGUCAUCCCACCGGUAGUUCACAGGGCGCGACCACCGACCUCACAGUCGCAGGUCGAAAGUUCAAAACCUGAGAAAGGCAAAGAAAAAGGCAAGACGAGUGCCCAACAGCAGCAGUCGGAGGCGGAGCCUGAUCCCGAGUUGUUGGAAGGUGAACCAGUUGAGCAACCACCUAAGACAUUUGUAUUGAAGGAGAAAUUUGAAUAUUUCAAACCAUCAGUCCAGGUAGAGAUGGAAAAUUACGACAAACCUGACACAGUCACAGAAAUCUUUAUACGAGGGUGGAAGAUAGAUGAGACAAUGAUGGCUACAUUUGCUCAGUGCUGGCCUGUCAUGGAGAAACUGCACACAAUCAAUCUGUGGAACACUGGUUUGGCGGGAGAGACGCUCACCAUGAUGGCUAACUGUAUCCCAAACAUCGUCAACCUCAGGACACUGAUAGUAGACGGCAACUGUGUGGAGGCUGAGAACUGGCAUGAACUCAUCAGUGAAGAAAGUCCGCUACAGAACUUGUCACUGCGACACUGUGGAAUCACAGACAAAGGGGCACAAUCUCUUGGUACAGCUAUAGGCUCGGUCAAAAAGGUCAACAUGAAACUCAUCUCCCUUAAUCUGGCGGGAAAUAUGAUCGGAGACCUGGGCGCAGAACACAUUGCCAUGGGUCUGCGGAUGAACAGGACUCUGAUGUCACUCUCACUCGCAUCCAAUCAAAUCAAAGAUAAAGGUGCCAUCAAGUUAGGGGAGGUCCUGUCAAGAUUUCCUCUCUCGCAUGAAGAAGUUGUAGAGCGACGGAAACAGUUCUCAGAAAAAGGUUCUCCGGAUAGAAACAAGUCGCCACCACCCAGCCGACGUGCUGAUUCGAAGGAUCGGCCAGGCAGUGUACGCAGUAGCUCUCAUGCUGAUAAGGACAAAAAGGCAGGGAAACCCUCCGGCAAAAAGAAGGAUGGUAAAGGUGGGAAAGAUGCUAAAGAAGAGGAGAAACAUGAUAAAACUAAAGGAGGGAAGAAAGAAAAGGAGGAGAAAGGAGGGCAGAAAAAAGAUUCCCGAGGAGGAAAAGGAUCUAUGCCAGAACGAGGUUCCCAACAACACGCCUUCUUACACAGAGCAGACAAAGGAUCUAGUGUCGGGGGGAGGAGCUCUGGAGAAACCACCAACAAAGCCUCCAUAGCGGCAGAUACAAAAACAGCGGGUAAAGGGAAAGGCAAGGGGAAGGACAAAGGAAAAGGUCCAGCUGUACAGGAAGUAGAGGACGCCGGAGCCUCCGACUUUGUAAACCCGCUGACUGAUGCGGCCGAUUUUAUAGAUGGACAACUGCUUGUGGCGGGGAACAGGGUUCUCAUCAACCUUAACUUGUCAAGGAACUGUAUCGGAGAACAUGGGCUAGCUGCUCUGCUGAAAGCGAUGCAGUACCAGACAACACUAACCCACGACAGUAAAAGUAGCGGUACCGGGCUGAUGAGGAUAGGAGUAUAUAAAAACAAAGUGUCGACAGACAGCGAGGUGCUGGCCAAGCUGACAGAGUUUAUGAUGCCCAAAGAUCCGUUCUACAAACCACCGCCACAGACACCGGACGGUGACUCCAACUCCUAACCUUAAAAACCAUGUGUACUGACUGCUAGAUUUCCGUCCAAC